GCUCAACUGAACACUGGUUCACAGGAAGUCUGGAAUAUCAAACCAAACAGAUUCCCGCAAAAGGCUUUCAUUGAUUAAUUAUUGCACGUCAUCUGUUUGCUUUUUUCCUUCAAAGAAAAUGGGAACAGAAGGCUCUCCGCGUGAUCCUCUUCUUCUUUCCAUCAAAGAAGAUCCUAACGGCUUCGCUUACAUCAACAAAACAUCUUCUUUACUAAAAUCUACCAAAUGGGUUCUAAAAUCUGCAAUGUGGUUAAUCUUCAUUUCCUGGGUUAGUUUCCUGUUCUUAGUUCCAUCAGACUCGGUGAAGCAAUUAUACACGAAAUUGGUUAAGGCUACUUCUGGAACUCUUUUUGGAACUACAGGAAGCAUCUUUCUGAUAUACAGUGGUCCAGUACUUGUCAUUGCGUUUCUUGCUAUAAUUUACCUCGGGAUAUAUGGGGAAAACGAGGUUCAAGAGAAAAAAACAAAACACGCAAGUUUUCGCUUAUGGACAUUCCCGAUUAUCAUCGAUGGACCUUUCGGGGUUGUUACUGCAGCGGAAUUGAUUGGAAUUCUGUUGUUUGCUGUGUAUCUCAUCUGGGCUAUUAUCGCUUAUACUUUUCAGAACAUCAGUCUAUUGCCCUUGUUUGAGAUCACCGAUGCAGGCAAAAGGAAUCUUAUAUUGCUAGAACUAACAGGACUACGCCUAGGGUUUAUCGGAUUGAUUUGCAUGGCAUUUUUAUUUCUACCAGUUGCAAGGGGAUCGAUUCUUCUACGACUUAUAGAUAUCCCUUUUGAGCAUGCAGCUCGAUAUCAUGUAUGGUUGGGGCAUCUUACAAUGAUACUCUUCACUCUUCAUGGUCUGUUUUUUGUGAUUCCAUGGGCAAUCGAUGGUCGACUCAUAAAAGAACUUACAGCUUGGCAAAAUGUUGGUGUUGCUAAUCUUCCGGGAGUCAUUAGUCUAGUAGCGGGUCUUUUUAUUAUAGCUGCUGCAGGAAUCUUUCUCUUUAUGCUCGAUCGGUUUCUUAGAUUUUUUCAGUCGCGAAAAACCGUGGACAUAUUAUCUGCUAAAUGUCUUCCAUCCGGAACUGUGGAACUUGUUAUUUCAAAACCAGAAGGGUUACAAUACAAUGCCCUUAGUUGGGUUUUUCUUCAAGUUCGAGAGUUAUCAUGGUUACAAUGGCAUCCUUUCAGUGUCUCAUCUAGUCCUCUAGAUGGAAAACAUCAUAUUGCUGUUCUCAUAAAAGUUCUUGGAGAUUGGACAGAGAAACUAAGGGGGCAUAUCUCAAGUGUUCCCGAGGAGGAGCAGGGUGAAACCGAUGACCUCCUUCACUCAAAUUUCACACUAAAGGCAUCCAUAGAGGGACCUUACGGGCACGAGUCACCAUACCACUUAACGUAUGAAAACCUUAUUUUAGUUGCGGGUGGCAUUGGAAUUUCACCAUUCGUGGCUAUCAUGAGUGAUAUUCUUAAUCGAAUUCGGGACUCUAAACCUUGUUUGCCUAGAAAUGUGUUAAUAGUUUGGGCAGUCAAAAAGUCCGAUGAGCUUCCGCUUCUGCAUUCACUUGACAUGAACUCACUCUGCCCGUAUUUCUACAAUACACUAAAUCUUGAGAUUCAAACCUACGUCACUAGGGAAUCAGAACCCCCAUUGGAAGAGGGUAAGGUAGCCGAGUAUGUGAGCUCUUCUGUCUACCCUACUCCUAGCCAUGGUGGCAUGUCUAGUUUGGUUGGAACCGGAAGCAUAAUAUGGUCUGGAGCUUACGUGGUGGUCUCCACACUCGGUUUCAUUGUUCUCCUCGCGAUGUUAGACAUCUUUUACAUCAAUCCUUACAAGAUCUCAUAUUGGUGGUACAAAGGGCUUCUAUUCAUCAUAUGCAUGUGUGCUAGUAUUAUUCUCUUUGGAGGCUUUGUGAUCGGUUUAUGGCAUCUUUGGGAUAAAAAAACCUCAGUCGAGAAGAACAAAAACACCGAAGAUGAAAAGAAAAUUGGUGGCUUACAAUAUUACGAGUCUAAUGCGGACAAGAAUUCUUCACAAGGCGAUUUUGUCAAUAGCAUAAAAUAUGGUCAAAGACCGGACUUCAAAGAAAUAUUUGGAAGCAUGGCUGAGCGAUGGGGGAAUGUUGAUAUAGGGGUGAUGGUGUGUGGGCCUACAGCACUUCAAACAAGCAUUGCUAAAGAGUGUAGAUCUAAGAAUUUUGGGCGGAUUAGUGGUGAGCCGAUCUUCCAUUUCAACAGCCAUAGUUUCGAUCUCUAAGUAUUGUAAGAAGAUGGUUGCUAUAUAUAUGGCUUAAUUUGGACUCGGCCUUUGAGUAAUGCAAAUAUUACCAAAUUUCAAUGUUAUAUACAACUUCCAAUGCAUUGGAGAUACGAAGAUUUGUAACUUUAUGCUCGGAACAUGGCCAUGUAUGUAUAUAUAAAAUGAAGAAAGUAUAAAAUUAGGAAGACUAGGAUCCAUAGUAGUAUAGUGAGACUAGGAUCCAUACUAGUAAUAGUGUAAGUUGAGUUAAGGUGCUUUCAUGUUAUGCCAUUAUAAUGUAAAUUUUGAUGUCAAUAUAUGA